AUGCCAUAUGCAUUGCCACCUAUUGGACAGUUUCGUUUUAAGAGACCACAUGAACCAUACAGAUGGCACCCAAGGGUAUUAAAAACCACUUCAAUAUCUCCAGCAUGUCCUACAAUAAGUCUUGCCUACAUACAGUGGCAUAAACCAGGAUUCACAAACCUGAACGAAGACUGCUUAUACAUGAACAUUUAUAAACCUAUGACCCGACGUCGAAAGCUGCCCGUCUUACUGUUUAUACAUGGAGGUUCCAACUCAGAUGGUAUGGGUGCUAUGGUAGAUGGGGACCUAUUAGCUGCAUAUGGACAAAUAAUUGUUGUGACAUUCAAUUUUAGAGUAAGCGUUCUAGGAUGUUACGCCAAUGAAAGUCUUGGUAUUAAGGGUAACAAUGGAAUGAUGGAUCAGGUCCUUGCAAUAAAGUGGAUACAGAGAAACAUUAGAUAUUUUGGUGGCGAUCCAUCCAGAGUUACGAUUUAUGGGCACAGUUCAGGGGCUGCAGACGUUGGUGUUUUUUUAAUAUCGCCUCUGACUAAAGGUAUGGUUUGA